GCGCAACUAGGGGGGUGCUUGGGGGUGCUUCAGCACCCCCAGACUUUAAUUUAGCACCCCCAGUUCAAAAACACCAUAAAUUGUAAAAUCGCGUGAAAAACAUAAUUUUGUUCAUUUUACGCAAGUUAUUUUUAUUUGUCGUUUUUAGCAGAAACACAAAUUGUUUGUGAUGAUUAUAGUUAUACGUUAUAUCAAAUAUUACGUGAUAUAAUAUAUUAAUAUCGACAAUAUCGUAGCAGUCAUAAAUAAUAAAUUAGCAGCACGAUUAAAUAUGUUUAUCUAAAAUCGUGGUUAGCAGUAAUCAAUUGAUAUAAUUUAAAAAUAUGAGGGUUAGAUAACAGAUAAGUGAUAAAUGGAUAAAACCAGUAGUUUAUUUAUAGAAUACUGUCACUGUAGUUUAUUCAAUAAAUCGCCAAAUGUCAUUGUCCGGCUGUUCCACGAAUUAGCUAUUUGUUUAUCAAAAAUCAUAUUAUAAUGUAUACUCAAUACUGUAUACCGUAUACGUUCUACUCGUUGACCAUUGUCAUUUUCUAAACCCAUUACUGUAAGGUUGACGGUUGUAAUAAAAUAUAUUUUGUUUUCUCAUGUGAAGUGUUUUAACUGUAACCUAUGAUGAAAGUCUUGAAAUGGCUAGUUCGAUUGAUUGUUUUAUGGAAAUGGACUAUGAAAAGAGUCAAUACUUCAUAAAUCAUUAUAAAGUGUGUUAUAUUUCAAUGCAAGUGAUUUUUUUUAUGUACUAAUAAUAAUAAAUUAAUUAAUUUUAAUUUAAGGUUGUUAUGAAUAUCAAUUUGAAUUUGUUGAAAGCUGAAAUGCUUGUUAUAAAGAACUGCUUACCUUCCAAUUAUAAUCAUGAUGUUACUAAAGAUAUUUGUAAGGAGUCCACAUUUACAAACGUGUAUAAAAUGUUACAAGUUGCUCUUACAAUUCCGGUGAGUUCUGCUACUUGUGAAAGAAGCUUUUCCUCAAUGCGUCGUCUAAAAAACUGGCUAAGGGCAAGUAUGGAGCAACAGCGUUUCACAGAUUUAUCAAUAUUGAAUAUUGAAAGAGAUAUUGUUAAUAAAAUUACUUCAUCAGAAAUACUAGAAAAAUAUUCAACUACUAGAUGGGAUAUUGGUGACAAAGGUAUUGUAUGGUGGUAA